AAUGUUUCAGCCAGCGGCUACCUCUACGAAGGUUUUUGAGGACAAUUGUCAGAGUACCUACUUGUACCAGCUAUGCAGACCUGCAAUAUGGCCCUGCGGGGCCAGCGCGGCCAGUUCGUGGGCGUGUCUUGCAGCCCGAAAGCAUUCACCAGCACGCGGGUGCAGCGCGCUAGCCUUCAGGUAACGAACGCGAUUACUCGCCAGAAGAAGGAGGAGGUGGUGACUACGCUAAAAGAGAAGCUGGACAAGAGCGUGAUCGUCUUUGGAAUGCGCUUUAAGGGCCUGGACGUACCGACCAUUCAGAAGUUCCGCAAGGGGUUGCCUCCGAACUGCUCCGUGUACGUGACUAAGAACAACCUGAUGAAGGUUGCUGUUUCCCAAACUAAGGGCUGGGAGAGCCUCGCGGAGAAGGGCUGCCAGGGUGAGAACGCGUGGGUCUUUGUGGGCGAGGAGGAGAUUGCCGAUGCCGUUAAGCACUACUUCAAAUUCGAGGAGGACCUGCUCACGGAAGCCAAGAAGCAGGCCGCUAAGAACCAGGAGGUGAAGUGCCCCACGGAGGUGUCCUGCGCGGUCAUGUCGGGCAAGUACCUCACGCCCGCGGAGCUCAAGAAGUGCGAGAACCUGCCCACGAAGGCGCAGCUCUACGCCACCAUUGCCCGGCUGGCGAAGCAGCCUGCUCAAAAGCUGGCCACGGGCAUUAAGGCCGUGCCGACCAAGCUGGCGAUUGCCCUUAAGAAAGUAUCUGAACUAGAUGAGGAUAAGAGCAAGACGGUGGCGCAGAUGGUGAAGGCCUAGUGUGUUGACCCCAACGGUUUUUUGGCCCUGAGAAGAAUCACCGUUGUAGGCCAUGCUGUUGACGGUAUGCCAAGGCUGUGUUACCCUUGACAGCGGACCUAGACUAUCUUACUGAUUGCAUAAGCUGUAUGAAAGCGCACUUUCCUGAGCGGCUCAGCGACUCGUACGUCGCUGCAGCAAGCGGUUGCAGCCACUGUCCCAUGCCGUGCACAUAGGUGUACGUUCUACCUUCCACUGGUUUGGCAAUUUUGGCUUUGGUGUCCAAACCUGGAGGGGAAAGUGGCGGAGGGGUUUGCCCUGUGUGGGUUUUGUAGCUGCUUGAGGGAUCAGCUGCUUACAGUGUGUCGUAGCAUAGACAAGUAACGUAUCUGAAAGGCAUCCAGUCCCAAGCGUAUGGCUGUAGCAUGUCUUCUGCCUUAUUGUAGCUUUAUAUCGUUGAACUCCGUUAGGGUUGCGCUGGUGGCUGCCAAUACUGCCUUCGCCUUCCUACCUGCACGGUUGUAACAGUCCAUAAGAAGUCAA